CUGUAAUCUUGGCUGCAAAUGUUAAUUUCUCCCAAAUUUCAGGUCACAUUCCUGCUGGAACAUGUUGUGUAAUAUUUGGUUAAGUAACCUUUAUUUGUGAUUUUUGACGCUGUUGCAUAGUGUGGUGGAAGAACAGGGUGUGUGUGUGUGUGUGUGUGUGUCUCAUGUUUCCCUGUGCUACAGUGUUAUCUGAGCCACAUUUCCUUUCCACCACAAGAAGCUGAUCCUGCUCAGCAUCAGGCACAACAAAGGAGAUGCGUUGCCUGCUGACGACCCAGAGCCAGAACGGCUACCGAGAGCAGAUCCAGAAGGAGAUGUUGACUCGUUUGGCCUGGAAAAGCCGCUACGCCAACCUCUACUCGUGUUACAAUCCCCGAAACAACAGCACAGAGUCGACACAGCUGCCCCGUCUGCCCGCUGACCCCCGGGCUGUCUUGCCACCUGUUACCAGGACAAUCAAGGAGCAGAGCAAUCUUCCCCCUCCUCCUCCUCCUCUUCGUCCUCCUGUGCUAUCUCUGGAGGGGGAGGGGCGUCUCAAUGUGCCCCCCCUGAUGAGGCCAGUUUCUCCUCAGACCAGACGUGCUCUCUAUCAGGACUCCUCUCACCAUGGUAAAGGGCGGAGUCUGUACUUACAGAGACGUGGCCACAUCAGACCUGAGGAGAAGUUUGACUUUCCUCUGCUCUCGUCCUGGGAGUACGGGUGGAGGCUGGGUGACUACACUGUGGAUUACAGAACGCCAUCCCGCGCCAAGUCUUCAGUCGUGAAGAACACGUUCUACGCCAGGAACGGUGUGUUCUGCAGCCCGUCAGCCACCGACACACUGGGCUGAAGUUCAGCCUUCAUACACCAGAGGUCGCUCUUUAAUGAGAGUGUAGAACUUCAAACAGGCUUUUAUUUGAUUAACACCGUUGAUGUUUGUUUUAAUACACACCCUGAUUUAGUUUUAGGGUGCUUUCACACCUGUAGUUUGGUAGACUCGGUGCAAUUUGGGGGUGAAGUUGCAACAUGGUUACAUUUUUCAUUUGGUUCAGUUUGUGUAUACACUGCACUUUAUCAAACACACCAAGCAUUGUAGAUAAAUUCCUCAGGGUCAAAAAGGCUGCUGGUCUAUUGGACAGAAUAUCUGAGUAAAACUGGCCGACACUUGUGGUUUCAGAAAUAAUAAUACGUUAUAAUAAAUUUAUAACGUCUUGGGAUUUCUGGUUUUACUUUAGUGUUUGUAAUAUUUGACAGGCAGCGAGUGAAGGAGAGGGCGGCCCUGAUGAGAGAGAGAGAUGAUGUUGUCAUACAGAUGACCAGCGA